UUCUGGAAACAAACCCACUUCAACUUAGUGGCUAAAUACAGGAGGCCACUCGAAGAAAUUUUUAAAAAUCUGCUGGAAAGUUACCAUAUCGAAAUGCUUGAAUGGUAGUGUAGUGUUUUGUAGCUUUUGUUUUGACUUUUUAUAUCUUGUACAUUUUCAAUUGGAAGGACCCCAUUUCUUUAAGAUAACACGUAAACAAAAAGCAACCUUGUGGUGUAGUACCGUAUUGGUAAAUUUGUCUUAAACAAACUUAAGAGAUAACGUGGAACAUACUUGACGAAUAAAACAGUUAUGAAUAGACUGUUUAGAAUUGAAAGUUGCAUUUAUUGGUUCGAAUUCCUAACCGGUCAAAUGCUGUUUGAUAAUUUUGGAGCUCGACAGGAACAAAACGACUUAAACUUGGACUUCACCAAAAGUGUACUUCAGCAAUUAUCUGAAGGUAUUGAAAAAAAGUUGAUGGAUAAACUUGAUGAAGUGGAAAACGUAAUGGAAGCAAAAUUUAGUCAGUUGAUAGAGACUACAAUAAGGAAAACUGUUGAAAAGGAAAUGGUCAUCGCCAGAAACGUAAGUUCACAUUUUUUAGUCAAAAAGGAGGGAAACAUUGAUCUCACAAAUACAACACGUAGCGCAGUGGACAUUUUAAAAAGCGUGGAAACGAAGCUAAACAGUCUUACCGAAAAGUUUAAAAAUUUGAUCGACCGACAAGAAUUUGCAGAUUUGCUUAAUAGAAGCAUUUCUACAAUUAAGACGGAACAGCAAAUCUUAAGACAGGACAUGCUAUCUUUUACAACCUAUUUAGAUGGAAAAGCGGAAACUCUUUUAAAUAACAGUGAUAUGAAUAGGUUAAAUAUGAAAGAAGCAAUUGAUGGACUCUCCAGUCUGAUACAGGUACAAACUGAAGUAGAGAAAACAAAUGAAACGGGCAACAGAGGAACUACGAAAGACCUUCAAAUAUUUCAGGAAAUGUUACAAAACAAUUUAUCCGCCAUAGUUUCUGCGUUUGAGUCUCUUUUCAAUAUGACGAACCAGACGGGGUCUGUUUGUACAAAAACAAUGGCAGGUGAAUUUGGCGAUAAAGAACCUAAUCUUGAAAAAAUAUUUAUAGAUGGAUUGAACAAUUUUACCAUUAUUUUAGAAAAGACACUGAUGGAAAGAGAAAGUCUUCUAAGAGAGGUAGGGAAUAUAUCGGUACAGCUUUCUCCAAAAGAUGAAGUACUUGUUGUUGGAUUAAAUAGGUCUUCUAUUGAAAUGCUACAUCAGAUUCUUUUAGCGAUGCGGAAUCCUCAUCAUUUGAAAGUAACAACUACCUAUAAAAAUGAUUCAAAUACCAUAACAGGCUCUGAUUGUGCUGAUAUUUUGAAGAAAUAUCCUAAGACCAGAGGGAAGGAUGGCGUUUACAAUAUAACGGUUUUAUUAAAUAAAACAAAAUCCGUAUAUUGCGAUAUGACCACCGACAACGGAGGAUGGACGGUUAUUCAGCGAAGAAUCAAUGGAUCUGUGAAUUUUUACCGCAACUGGAAAGAAUACAAGAAUGGAUUUGGAUAUGCUGAUCAUGAGUAUUGGAUAGUAUCAAAUACAGGAAAUGAUAUGCUGCAUAGACUGACAUCUCUGAAGCCCCAGGAACUGCGAGUAGACAUGCAGAGAUUCAAUGCGGAAAAGGCCUUUGCAAAAUAUUCUAACUUUUCUGUUGGUGACGAGGAGAGUAAAUAUAAACUAAAUGUGAAAGGCUACAAUGGAACUGCAGGGGAUAGCCUUAAUUACAGCAAUGACAUAAAAUUUUCGACGCUGGACCAGGAUAAUGAUAAUGAUAGUGGAAACUGUGCCACCUACUGGAAAUCGGCAGGGUGGUUCAAAAGCUGCUUCAAAACUAACCCUAACGGUCAAUACACAGGUUCUGAAAUCAAAGGUCCUAAAUAUAUUGUAUGGCAUGGUUUAAAGACAUCAUUCAUUGCUCUGAAGAGCAUACAGUUUAUGAUUCGUCCACGUGUCUUAAUUUGAUACUGGACAUUGAAACAAGAGAUUUAUGUACAUCACAAGAAAAUGAUGUGUAAUAUCUAACUCAUGUCAACCUGAAAAACAAAACAAAACAAAAAGGCCACGUCUUACCCAUUUAACAGUCUAGCUUUGAUAUAUUUUAGCAUGUUUCAUUGUUUAUUCGGUUUGUAUCGGAAAUUGUCUUGUUUUGAAAUUUUCCUUUUUAUUAUUGUGUAUUUCGUUGAAAAUAAAAUUGAAAUUCAUCUGA